AUGAGAACGCAGCUUUUUGUGCUCGCUCUUCUGACCAUUGCUGCAACGGAGGAAAUCAAGUGCGAUGCGAACAACAAGUGUCCUGAAAAGUACGUGUGUUUUGAUGGAACUUGUAUCUAUCGAUGCCCUACAUAUGUCCCAGAUUACCCAGCCGGAUGCGAAAUUAGAACUUACAAAGACAGAAAAGGAUGCGAACGUGCAAAGAUCAAUUGCAAGUAAACAGUAAUAAAUAA